CAUUCAUUCUGCUGUGCCGUGCUGUGUGCUGUGCUGUGCUAUGUGUCUCGUGUUUUCUCACUCCCUUCUCACCGGGGGUUGGGUUGGGGGGUUGAUCAUCCACUCCAAGAGGGCAGUCGAUUGUCGAUCCCCCCAUCACCCCGUUGCCAAGCUCUUGCAAAGCAGCCCAUGCGGGAAGGUGGACUCGCAUGUACGCCUAUGACGUGCACACCCACUGGAUAAACGAAACGUGAUGAUGAUACUCCUCCGCUUGCAGUAAUCCGAACUCACUCCUCUCACAAGAUGAUCGUCGACGCCCGCGCGCCCGCCCCUGCCUGCCUGGCUGGUCUGGUGUGUGUGGGUGGAAGUUACCGAGUUACCGAACUUGUAACCGACGAUCAUCUGCGGAUUUCUACAUCUCUCCCCGACCCCCCAACCAACCUCCCGAGGGAAUUUUGUUCCUUAUUUCCCACACCACCGACGAGGUGCCCCGAAGGCGAAGGCGGCGGAAGUGUUUUAGUUGUGCUCGUGUCGUUCACAAGCACGUACGAAGGUAGGUAUGUGGAGUAUAUAGUUGCCUUUCCUGACGCGACCAGACAGAACAUGUCAUGCCACCGAUGUCGCCCUUCGGCCGCCCCAAGUGUGCUAGGUAAAGUUCCGACCCUGCAAAUUCAUAGUACAUACAGACAUGGUGCACCCUCAACUUGCAGGGUCGGAACUUUGAGCAGCGUCCGUCUCUCCUCCCCUAGUCCCCUCGUCCCUUCGUCCCCUCGUCCCCUCCUCUUCCCCACCCGCGCCUCGCGCUUGGCAUCGUUACGGAGCAACCGAACCAGACAAGCUUCCUUCUCAGUCGGGGAACCGGUAAAGCAGGGCAGGAGAUGCCAGGUGGGUCCAUGGUAAGCAUAAUUUACCCCCAAAUCCGGCGCGAUGACCGACUUGGUCAGCGGUUCGUAAGGGAACGCGAAAAAAAGGGACGGGGGAACCAUGCCUUGCCCCCUCGACGUUUCGUCGCGUUUGACAGCAGUCGUGGACUUCACCUUCCCCCAACGUGUCGCCCUGCGUGCUGGAUGUAUGUAUGUAACUAUGAAUAUACAUUCGGUACAUAGUGACUCCAGACUGCACUCCGCACAGAGGGUGGGUUCGCCGACAACCGAGCGGUAUCGUGGGGAAACAAGCUUUGCGGCAGGGGCGUUGUUCGGCAGAAGGUUUUUCCGACGGGCAUUUUUCCGGGUGGCUGGGGAUGUGCAACUGUGGGUUCGAGCGAUGAUCUUCUUCG